CACAAAAUCCAUGUUGUACUGGUGUUGAUAUCCAGUCCACCUACAAAUUCUAAUAUAGGAAUAUUAGGGACGUCUAAGGAUCACUAAUGGAGAUUCCAGUAUAUACUGUUGAUGCCUUUACUAAUUUGCCUUUUAAAGGAAACCCUGCUGCGAUCUGUCUUUUAGAGAAUGAACUGAAAGAGGAGCUUUAUCAGAAAAUAGCAGCUGAAAUGAACUUGUCUGAGACUGCAUUCAUCACCUGUCUGAAACCAACAGAAGAUUUUUGUUCAGGAGCAAGGUUUGGCUUACGUUGGUUCACCCCUACAAAUGAGAUCAGACUUUGCGGUCAUGCAACACUGGCUUCAGCAGCUGUGCUCUUUUACGAGAAAAAAAACACCAACUCUGUGCUGGCCUUUGAGACUCUGAGUGGAGAGCUGCUGGUGCAUCAGCGGGGUGACUCAUUAGUGAUGGACUUUCCUCUUAAUAAGCCAGAAGUCCAGGACAAAAAGAAAUUUAAUGACAUUCUUAAGGCUGCUGUUGGAGACCUGCCAAUUCAGGAGGUGUGUCACUGUAAAACAACAAAGAAGCUGCUAGUGCGUUUGCUGGAUACAUGUGACAGGUCUGUACUUACUUCCUUGAGUCCGGUCUCUGAGUCUCUGCUGAAAAGUGAAGAUUGUGGAAGGGUUAAGAGUCUCAUCAUCACCGUGAAAGCAGCACCAAACUCACAGCCAGGAUAUGACUUCUACUCCCGUAACUUUGCACCGUGGGUUGGAGUUCCUGAAGAUCCUGUUACUGGCUCUGCACAUACAGUUCUUGCUGCUUACUGGUCUGAGAAACUGGGAAAGAAGAAAAUGUUAGCCUACCAGUGCUCUAGACGUGGUGGUGAACUCGAGCUGGAACUGCGAGGAGACAGAGUUGACAUCGCUGGACAAGCAGUUGUCUUACUUCGAGGAAUCCUCAAACUGUAGAAAAUGAUAUAGCCCUAUCAAUAUUUCACUGAUUACUGAUAGGAAUGUAAAACUAAUUUUACUCAUUGAUAAUUUUAAUGAUACAUUUUAGGCCAGCAGAAUAAUUUAGUAACUAAUUAUAGGAAAUGUGUUUGGUAAAAAUUUACAUUUCAUAAAAAUUUAUUGUUAAAAAAAAACAAUUUAUGACAAAGCUAGAAAAUAAAUACUUAAAUAACUUUAUUACAGGAAAACACAAAAUCUCAAAAGACUAUUUACAUACAAAAUACAUUAAGUAUAUUUGUUUUAAAAAAUUAUCUCCAUUAAAAGCAUAUAAAAAAUCACAACGGAAUAUAAAACAUUGUAAACUUUGUAAAAUGAGGUAAGAAUUACAUCACAGCAAAAACAGUCGGUCAUUAAACAUGAGGUAUAUGUACUUAUAUUCAGAACUCCCAUUCAGGUAUAAAGAAACUUCUAACAUUAUAAGCCUGCAUUAGGAGUUAGCAAUAAAAAGCUACAGAAGUGUUUGGAUCCAAUAAACGUCACAAUUUGAUGCGAGGUAGUGCUUCAUGAGCAGCAGGUGGCAGCUGGCAGAUGUAGUUCAAGUUAAGGAGUAUAAUGUUAUCAGUAAUUUUUAAAACAUGUUUAAUUGUCCUUCUAGGCCUACAAUAAUCCUGUAGUUUUUAAAAUAAAGUAUGAAAAUAUGAUCUACAAAACGCUUCUUCAUUUACUGACUGUCUUCACUUUUUUUCUGGGCUGGACAUUAGCUCUGGUGCAUCUUAGGCAGAUUUCAAUGAGUGGUGGCAUCAGCUGGAUGGAAGAUGAAGGUUAGUCAUUUUGAUG